AUGCCAUUCGGUUUUUUUUCCCAAGAUGGCUGACAGGCGGCGGAAGCGCGCGUCCCAAGACAGCGAGGACGAGUCCGGUUCCGGUACCGAGAGCGCGGGGUCCGGGCCGGCCUCGGCGGAGAACCGGGCCGGGGUCCCCGAACCCGUGGUGGCGCUGCUGCCGCCGCAGAGCAGCGCCCGGGUCAAGGCAGCCCGCCAGGGCGAGUCGGAGUGUGAGAGUGAGGAUGGUAUUGAAGGCGAUGCUGUCUUGUCUGAUUAUGAAAGUGCAGAAGAAAAUGGCUCUCGCUCAGAGCAGGGAGAGGGAGCAGAGGAGGAGGAGGAGGAGGAGGAGGAGGUGACAGAAGCAACCCUGAACAAAGAGGUGAAAUCUGAGGGGAAGGAGAAGACGCUGGAAGGGGAGCGGCAGAGUGGAGAUGGACAGGAGAGCACAGAGUCUCCGGAGAGCAAGCCUGAAGACGAGCCUGGGAAGAAGCUGGACGAUGACGAGGAUCGCCAGAACCCGGCGUAUAUCCCCCGCAAGGGGCUGUUCUUCGAGCAUGACGUGAGGGGGGCGGCGCAGGAAGAGGACAUGCGGCCGAAGGGGCGUCAGAAGAAGCUGUGGAAGGAUGAGGGCCGGUGGGUUCAUGACAAGUUCCGCGAGGAUGAGCAGGCGCCCAAAUCCCGUGAGGAGCUCGUCUCCGUGUACGGCUACGAUAUCCGCCACCCGAGCGGUCCCUCCGACCUCCGACCCCAGCGCUCCCGCAAGCCCAGGUACAGUGUCAGCCCUCCCGCUGAGAGGUGGAGCGAAUCAGAGAAGCCGAACCGCAGUCAGUGGCAGUCCAGCACGAGCGGCAAUAUCACCAACCAUCACCACCCUCCCCCUCCCUCACCACAGCCGCAGCACGGCGCGCCGCAGUCCUCACGGCCUUACGGGGGGGUCCGCAACUCCACGGGGGGGUCGGGGCGCGUCGCCCAGCAGCAACCGCGCACCUUUCAGAACUGCAGGGCUGCCCGCAGUAACUCCCCCUCCUCCCCUUAUUCACCGCACAGAGAAGAACGCACGACUGCCAGGCUUGUGGAACAGCAAAGUAACCGCGAACGAGAGCGCGCCAGAAACUCCAGCAACAGCCAGCGCGCCCGCUCCGAAUUCCAGCCGCGCCAGCAUUCUCCCAGCGUGGUGGUGGAGGAAUACCGGAAUGAAGGGAACGAGGAGGAGGAGGAGGAGUAUUCCAGACAGUCCCAGGAGAGGGAUUUCCCGGCUCAGUCCCGCAGGAGGGAGGAGGAGAAGGAGGAAGUCACCGUUCACACGGACAUGGUUUUCCCAGCCAGGGAUAGGGAUGGCCCCUCUCCCUCCCCUCUCCCUCUGGCUCCGGCAGCUCCCGAAAGGACUGUGGAAAAGAAAUCGUAUUCCCGAGCCAGGAGGACCCGGAAUAAGGCCUUGGAGAUUGGGAAGCAGGGGUCGGUGGAGGAGACCCUGCCCCCUCCACAGCCUGGGGGGGCCCAGCCAGACUCACCUGCUCAGGUGCCCCCUCCUCAGAUGGCCCAGCUGACCCCCCCAGGAGUGAAGGCAGAAUCCUGGGAGCCCCCCCUGGAAGGGAGCGGUGGGGGGCUGGAGCACGAGAUGUCCCGCAUGAACCUGGGUGCGCAUGAGAGCUGGACCCCGAGCCAGCCUCCCUACAUCCCUGGAGAGAUGAGGGGCAUAUCCAGUCAGAUGCCCCUGGGAGCCUCUCAUCAAUACGGCAGGAUCAACGACAUGGGUGUGGGCAGAGCGAAGCGUUAUUCCUCCCAGCGGCAGCGCCCAGUCCCGGAUCCCACAGCAAUGCACAUCGGCAUCAUGGAGGGACACUACUACGACCCGUUACCCUUCCAAGGACCAAUCUACGCUCACAAUGAGAGCCCCGCCCCUCUCCCACCGCAGGGGAUGAUGGUCCAGCCCGAAAUGCACCUGACGCACCCAGGUCUGCCCCCUGCCCCUCUCCCCAACCCUGGUCUGUACGCCACCCCCCCUGGGCAGCCCCCCCCAGGACCUCUCCUCGCACCUACGUACUACUCCCCCCCGGGGGUCAUGACCUUCAGCAACACAAACUUCUCCUACCCAGCUGGGGCCACCCUGCCCCCCAUGUACCCAAACCCUCAGGUGUAUGGCGGGGUCACGUAUUACAGCACAGUUCAGCAGCAGGCUCAGUCCAUACCCUCCCCGCCUCGCAGGACCUCCCAGCCAGUCUCCAUCAAGCCCCCUCCCCCCGAGGUCCGGCACUUGCUCCCGGAGUAGAGCUCCCUGCUUUUGCUGACCUUCUCAGGGGGAUGUGGAAAACUGAAAUAGUAAAUGAGAUUGGCAGCCCCAGCACUGGGCAGAGUUCUUUCAGUGUGGACCGGACCACCCCAGGCAGAACCCUCCCACCUGUGCAGUCUCGUUAAAGCUGGUUCAAGAUUGCUGCACGGUUUUGCUUUCCUUGCAUUGUAUUGCAACAGCCCAACACCCA